AUAACAAUCAAGGUAACUUGCAAAAUGAUUGUAUUUCACUUCAAACAUUUCAAGUUCAAGUACAAUUUAAACGCAUAAAUCUAACAUGAAAAUCGAAUUUAAUCCGGAAACUAAAAUCUGGAAAUCUUUAGAUUAUACUCAUGGAGAAUAUAUUAAACAUUUUAUUGGAGAGAUUUUCUUGGAAAAUGUUAAGAAAGUACCCGGUGAUAAGGUAUUAGAAUGGCAUUAUGAUACCGGAGUCAGUAAGACUAUGAAUGAAAUUUAUCGUGAGUCUGUGACAGUUGCCAUCAAUUUACAAAGAUUGGGUAUUAAGAAAGGUGAUGUAGUGGUAUUCUAUUCCAUGGUUAAUAGUAAAGUAAGCAGUUUGGCCAUGGGUGCUUUAAUGUUGGGCGCAGUAGUUAAUUUUUUUGAGACCACUUUUUCAAGAGAUGCUGCUAAGUAUACUUUAAAUUUAUUAAAUCCUUGUGUUUUACUAUAUGAAGAGAAAUUUAAAUCUGCCAUUUUGGAUGUAAUGAAAGAUAUUAAGCUGCCUUGUCUCAAGUAUCAAAUCUCCAUUGAUGGCAAAUCUGGUGUGAAUGUAGAUAAUGUUUUAUUCAAAAGCAUUUCCUCCUUUACCCAAGACAACUUUCGCCUGCCAAAUUUGGGAGAUCCUUUAAUGCAAACUGCCGUUUUAUUGUUCACUUCAGGCUCUACAGGUUUGCCUAAAGCGGUAGCUCUAAGUCAUGCUCAAAUGUUGCAUGGUGUAAUCUCCUUUUGGACUCAACCUGAUGGUAAAUCUAUAUUAAGCCCGGAUUCAACAAUAUUUUCUUUAAGUCCUAUACGCUGGAUAAGUCAAGUGGAUUUGAUGCUACAAUCCCUACUGUUAGGUAUAAAGAGAGUUUAUGCUAGUGGUUUUCCGGCCGGAGAAUAUGGUCGUGAGGUGGUGAGAAAGGGUAAAGUAACCCACUUUUUCAGCCCUCCCUCAGUAUUUAAAGAGAUAAUACUCUCUAUUGAACCCUAUGAUCUAGAUGCUUUGAGUUCGGUUAAAUUUAUCUAUUUAGGGGGAGAAGAUCCUGGUCAAACUGUAAUAGAUAUGUCGCGAAAUCUUGCCCCUCAAGCCACCAUAAUGCGUUGUUAUGGUAUGACUGAAUUGGCCGGAUUAGCAUGUUGUGAUCAACAUAUCAAUGGGGGCUAUAUAGUGCCGGGUGUAGAAAUUAAAUUAUUAGAUGAUAAUUUAAAACCCGUGGGUCCUAAUGAAAAAGGUCAAUUGUGUUUUCGCUUUCCCAUGCCCUUCUUAGGUUAUCAUAAAAUCGAUAAUAGUAAAAUUUACUACAGUGAUGGUUUUCUUAAUACUGGCGAUUAUGGUUAUAUGGAUGAUAAUAAAGCUUUACAUGUCUUGGCUAGAUAUAAGGAUUUGGUUCGAACCAAAGAGGUUAUAUUAAUACCCAGUGAAGUAGAGAAAUUAGUUUGUACUCUCUCUAGUAUUUUUGCCUCAACAUUAGUGGGUUAUCGUACUUCCAAUACGGAUGUUGAGGAUAAAGGAGCUUUGUAUAUUGUUAAACAAUUGCAAAAUACGCAAGCAAAUGAAAACGAAAUGUUGAUGGCGGGACAAAACCAGGAAAUAGAAAAUGAAGUGCUAAAAGUUGAAGUUAAAAAAUUACUAGAAAAACAUUUGAAAUGCAAUGAAUCGUGUAUAAUACGCCUCGUUAACAUUAUUGAAAAACUUCCACUGACGUCAUGUGGAAAAGUGGAUAAACCAGCUUUAAUUCAAUUGGCAAAAUCAUUAGAUAUGGAGUAAUUAGCGGUUUAUUGGGUAUUAAGAGAAAUAUAUGUAUAAACAUACGUAACGUAGGGGAAUUUGUAGUUGAAAAUAAGGUAUUAAUUCACAUGUGCAAGUUUAAUGAAUUGUUUAAAGGAGGGAAGGAUAUUGAGAAUGUUUAAAAUAGGGUUUUCAUGUUAUUCGACUUUCAACCCAAAAGUAUUAAAGUAUUUGAAUUAAUGGUACCAAAUGGGCGCUAUAUCACUGCAAUUAUUAUCAUUUAUCACCAGCUUUACAAAAUUUUGGAUAUAAUCACAUUUCUAAAGUUUUUUUUAAUAUUGAGCAUUUUUGUUUAAAUAAAUAAUUUUUCCUUAAAAACCAAACCUUAAUUUAAUAAUAGACAAUAUUUGUGAAGUAUUCCACACUUUAAAUUCUAUCACUUGGACCUUAUUGUAUGUCCAAUGACACACAUACAUAUUUAUUUAUCUAUAUAGCAAAUACUUACAUUGCAAAGUAAUGAGUAAACAAGCUAUUCACUACUUAAGAUGUCAUUGGAGGUAAGUACUUACCACACUAGCUUACAAAUAAGUACUUAAAUGUAAUACA